GGAGCGCGCCUCGCUGGGUUCAACAGCUGCAGCACGGCAAGUCGGACGAAAACGAUUCACAUCCACACCGACGGAAAAGGUACCUGUCGCCCCGACAGUGUGACCGACUCCGAGUGGAGAAUGCCGACCUACUCGGUGUUGCCGUUUGUGGAUUGCUCAGAUGGGCUACCUCAAGAUAUACUUAUAAGUGACAGUGCAAGCAUCCCGGGGCUCGGCUGUAGCAUGACACCACACACCACCUACCCGGAGCCUGUGUUGCAAUCGGGAGGAAAUGCACUGCUGUCGUGCAUGUUCUGCGAUCAGACGUUCACUCGCCAGGAUGAGCUGGGCCCUCAUGUGCUCACAGAGCACCCCACCACCUUCUCAGAGCCCGCCGUGCUCCGGGUCGAAGCAGAAUUCAGGAUCCCAGGGGAGGGGCCCAGGAUCAAACCCAACAGCCUUCCUGUGGAAAAAGAGGAGGUUCACAGCUGCAUUUUGUGUGGCCAGAUAUCACAAGACGCCAGCGAGCUCGAGUCUCAUAUGAGGAAGCACAAAGACUACUUCACCUACUGUUGCAAUGUCUGCGGACGUCGGUUUAGAGAAUCUUGGUUCCUCAAGAAACAUGUAAAGGUGCACGCGAAACCAGGCGGAAAGGGCAAGGGACUGCAAGACUCCGAGCCCCCCAUGACAAUCAACGAUGUCGUGCAGGAGCCUGCACCGGAGCCUGUGGUCAGCUCUUACAAAAUGUGCAUGGUCUGCGGCUUUUUUUUCCCGGACCACGACAGUUUGGCCGAACAUAGUAAAAUACAUAACCGAGAGGUGGAGCCAGACAAAGAUAAACAGCGGCUGGAUGGAGCUGCCGAAUCCCAAGAGUUAUUUCUUCAAGGCCUGAAUGUUAAGCCCCGUGUUACAGAGAGCGACCUGCCUGUCAGAACGUCGAAGUGGAUUCCUCAGUUCAACCCCUUUGUCACUUAUCAGGCCUGGCAACUUGCAACCAAAGGAAAGUUAGCCGUCGGGCCAAAUAAUCAGAAAGAAACUGGCCAGGAAGCCAGCACAGAUAAUGAGCAGAGUGGGUCUGAUAAGGAAGAAUUGAAUAUGAUUUGGGUCAAAGGUCAAGAGGACCAGCCUUUGAAAAAAGUGGCAGGGAAAGAGCGCCGGCCUCAGAUCCAGCAAGUAAAGAACAAAUACAGGCCGACCACUUGUGAGGUGUGCCAGAGGACCUUCAGGACCUACCACCAGCUGGUCCUCCACUCCAGGGUGCACAAACGGGAGAAGAGCGGGGAAGAAAGUCCAGUUUCUUCUGUCGACGCGAAGCAGCCGAGAGCGGUCUCACCGGACCAGGGAGAAGAGGUCACUGAAGAGGGCUUCGAAGAAGCCAUGGAUUUAGGUGAAGAUGGAUUUGAUCGCUCAAAACCCAGAUCGAGACAUUGCACUCACUGUGGGAAAUCCUUCAAGUCAAGUCACUACCUCACAGUUCACUUGAGGACUCACACAGGUGAGAAGCCUUACAAGUGUAUUUACUGCGACUACGCUGCCGCUCAGAAGACGUCACUGAAAUACCACCUGGAUCGCCGUCACAAGGACAAGCCCCCCAUGCAGAUCCCCAGCAGACCGGAGCUGUCCGUGCCCUCCCCCAGCGAGGAGAAGCCAGGAAGCGAUGAUGAAAAGCCCGAGGCCAAACUCUGGGGUCCCACCAGUGGAUCGCCAUUUGGCGGACUGGGCGACGCCAGUGGCAAGCGCAGCAGUCCACCACUGCUGGUGAAGACGGAGUACAGCGAAUUGUCCCCAAGCAGUGAGGGGCUCCCCUCACCUGUUCACCUGGAGAAGGUCGACAUAAAGAGAGAAGAUUCAGAGGCUCCAUUAAAUCUGUCUCUGAAAGAGUCUCUCGCCAUCCCAGCCAAGAACGUAGUAUUUCCCAUUUCCUGCUCGUUCUGUCCCUUUAUAACCGUCCACCCCGAGGUUCUGAUUAUCCACCACAGGCUGAUCCACAAGAGGAGCAGAUUCACAGGCAACACUAGACUGAGGCGCUUCACGGGCUGCCCCCCCGCGCUGAACGGGAAGGAUGUUCCCCCGCUUCAAAUCGACAGGCGCAACCCGCGUCGAACCAGGUCCCCGCCCCCCCCGCCGGGAAAACAAGCAAAGCCUCCUGUCAACCCCCCGAACGGUCCGAGGCAGCCGCCUGCCCCCCCUGGCCCUGCACCCGUACAGGAAGCCGUCCAGCCCGUCAGGGUGAACCCCGGUUCACAGCCCGGUCAGGAGUCCUCCAGACACGCAGAGCUCCAGAGGAGACCCGGCGCCGGCGGCAGGUUCACCCUGGACCGAGCGGGGGUCGGCGAGAGGAGCUACCCGCCCAGAGGCGGCUCCCUCUGGCACUCGGACGCCGCCAGGCUGUGCAUCGCCACCCCGUUUCGGGGCCUCCCUAAAAUGGACUUUGGCGAAUCCGCACGCAAACGGAUGAGGUUUACUGCGCCGGCCGGCACGAUGGCCGACCCCGGGGAGAAGCCGGCGGUGAGAGGACCGCCGAUGGACGGGCCCAGGAGGCUGCUCAUGACGGGGAGGAGCAUGAGGACCAUGCCGCAGGGGGCCGGUCUGCCCACACCGUCCGAGGCUCUGGGGGCGUGCCCGCCUCUCGGGGCAGGUCUGGACGCUGAGUGGGGCAUGAUGAACCUCCUGCAUCCCUACACGCCAAGCGAACUGGCCGCUUUCUAUCACAGCACGCCGCCCAACCCCAGUCCCGGAGGACUGGCCCCUCCCACAGCAGGAGGCAGGACUGUGCUGUACCCACACUUACCGGGCCUACCCAACCUGCAGAGGAGAGAGCCCACCAGCUCCUUCCCCAAUCAACGCUACGGGAUGUCUGACAAAAGUGCCUGAAGGGAAAAACCACUGAACUGAAAGUUUGAGAACUAUUUUGGAUCUUCUUCAUUUCUAAACCCUGACCAGACUUAUUCAGAAAACCUUGAACUUGAUAUGAAUGAAGUUCUAGAGACCGUUUUCUCUUACUCUGGAUUUCAACGGCUGUUGCUGCUACCUUAUUUUGGAGAAUAUCUUCAGAAAUUGAAUUUCAUGUAUAUAUUUGAUGUCAGAUUGAUUUUGCUCCUGUACUCUGCUAGAAGAAAAUGACAUUUCAGAGAAUUUCCUUAGACUUUUCCUUUUUGUUUGAGAUUAAGAGUGCAGAUCGUCUCUAUGUUAAAUCUUUCCAUUCAAAACUGUUGAUCAUUUUCUGUUUGACCCACACUAACCUGUAGAUAUGUGACUAAAGAAAAUAAUUUGUGGGGUGAAGAUCCAUUUGUAAAGCUUUCAGUACAUAUUGAACUGUGUUGAGCUAAAGCCUAAGAAAUAAUAUUUGGGAGAACACUGCUUCUUUAUUUUAAAAAAAAUAAAACAAAACAAAAAAAACCUCUUGAUACCCAGGCAGUAAAAGACACACUAUUCCUUAUUUAGGUUCCUCGUUUCCUGAGCACAGUGUGGUGGGGAGUUUUUGUUGAAUUUUGGAUGGCUUCGGCCGAGGAGUUUACGGGCCACAGUACCUACCGACCCCCUCGCUGCGCGUCGGACAGUUCUACCUCAUGCUGCGAUCGAGACACUUCCCUCUGUAAAGCUGCUAAACGCGAUCAUGCCGGCUGAGCCAGUCGUCGCCCUUCAACAGGCGCUUUGAGCUGUAGGCUACGAAAAUCACAGAAUUAACAAAACACAAAUUUAAGUUUCGUUUGUUUCAUGUGCUUUUUGAUUGCGAGCCCAGUCGGAGUUGACUGGUCAUCAAGUGGUCUUUAUGAGAUGUCAAAACCAGGAAAAAUCCAGCGGCGGCAGCAGCUCUGCCGAUGUAUGGCUCAGUUUACCGUACACUGUGAAUGAGAAAUCUCAGGUUGUAUGCACAAGUUGCAAUGUAACUUUGUCUUUUUGCCACUUUUGAAAAAGCCUGAAUUGAAUAGUUUGUUUUA